GAGUUCACUCCAGCCAACAGCAGCCAGUCGAGCUCGGCUCUCGCUCGAGCAUUCAAUCUUUCGUUUUUAGACGUGCACACAUCUGUUACCGAGACGCGCCGCGUGCAUAUCUUGCCUCGAGUGUUAGUUUUUUUUAUUUUCAUCCAAAAGUAAGAGGUCGAAGAAAGAAGGCAAGAAAGGCAACGAAAACGAGUGUCAGUGGGGACAGUGUGCAGAUCCUGACAUCUCCAAUCUUUUCCCGCAGUCGGCUUGCUCGAGGAGCCGUAGCAUGUCUUGACAAAGACAAGCGUGGCUAGUCGGCAGGAGAGCGGCGCUGGAAACGGCAACGAGGAGGAGUGGCGAGGGUUGCAAGGCUGGAGGGGCAGGCCGGAGGACUCGUCGAAUCACCCGUGGCCGCAGAGUCGCCGAGCGCGACUAGGGGAUGGCCAAGAUGGCGAUCGGCCAGCAGUUCGCCGGCAACUACACGCUGCCACCGCUCGCCAGGAUCUUCCAUGAGUUCCCUCACCUCAACGGCACCCUGCACUUCGUCAACAACACCUUCGAUCCCCACUCCGAGAUCUACCUCGAGAGCCUGGUGAUCCUGGGCAGCGUGCCGGCGGCAUUGCUGAUCCUCACGCUGCUGAUCCUGCUGGUGUACUUGAUAACGCGCUGCUGCGACCGCAAGCCGCGCCAUCGACGCAGCAUCGCCGUGCUCAAGUGCUUCUUGGCCAUCUUCUCGCUGGUCUGCAGCGCCGCGGUCGCCGUCGGCCUCUGGGGCAACGACGACGUGCACAACGCCUACGACGACUUCAUCAAGGCUGUGCAGCCUCUCAACAAGGACAUCGAGCAGUUCAAGAACCAGUCGUUCCUGCUGCAGGACCUGCUGAAGAGCAAGCUGCAGCCGGAUCUGGACUCGCUGCGCGACCAGUUCGACGCACCGGCGAGUAACAAGACGGCGGUGGAGGAACUGCUGAGGUCGCUGGCGAGGAUGCAGGCGAACGCGACGACGGCGCUGAACAAGAGCCUGGAGAUAAGGAAGCCGCUGGCCGGCGUCAGCCUGGGCCCGGCGAUCGAGCUGGCCAAGCUCGUGGAGACCUUCCGCUGGCCCGUCACCAUGGCCCUGCUCUCGGCUCUGCUCAUACUCUGCGUGGUCCUGCUGGUCGGCGUCGCGCGACACUCCCGAUGCGCCCUCAUCACCUUCUCCGUGUUCGGCCUAUUCGCCGUGAUCGUCUCCUGGCUCACGGCCUCCGUGUACCUGGCCUCGAGCGUGGCGCUCGGCGACCUCUGCGUCUCGCCCGACGGCUACCUGGGCCGCUCGGCGCCCUCGCCCUUCGCCACCGACGUGUUCACCUACUACGCGCACUGCGACAGCACGCGCAAGAACCCCUUCACCUACAUGCUCGGCGACAUGAAGAAGGCCACCGACGAGAUGAGGCGCACGCUCGACCUCGUCAAGCAGAUCGCCCUCGCCAUCUUCGACGACGCCAAUCUGCAGACCCGGCUCACGGGCGUGCUCAACGACGUCAACGCCAUCGACUCCAAAAUCGCCAGCCUCACCUCCGUGCUCGACUGCAAGAGCAUACACCAGUACUACGUGAAGGUCGCCAACGCGCUCUGCCACACCGGACUAUUCGGACUGACCCUGAUGCUGCUGUCGAGCGUCGCAGCAGGCUUCCUCUUCACGAUCCUCGUCUGGAUGGACUCGCACACCUGGAUCUACAUCAGAAAGCGGAACGACUACCAUCAGGUGAACGAGCACGACCCGUACCUGCCGGCGCCGCAGGCCUCGCAGGCAAUCGCAGCGCGGACACUCCGAGGCCAAGGGUCGUACCCGCCUACAGCCCCCCCUCUUAAUACCAAUGCUCAUGGCAACCAUACUAUUAAGCAGCCUCUAUUGCUAACGCCGCCCCCGCCGUCUUAUGCUACUGCGACCGCUCGCGCACGUCAGAUGCACGACAGCAUGUCAAAAGGUGGGGGCCUUAACGGCAGCGGAAUCGGGGAUCACAAACCGAGUCAGCAUAAUCAGUCAAGCGGACGGUCUGACCAUCGUGCCGGGCUCGGGGAUCAGCCUGGCCAGUACGCGACUCUGAGCAAGCAGUGCAAGACCCUCGAAUCCAAUGACUUUUACUGAGGUCACGCCCCCUCGGGACCGGGAAGAGAUCCACCAUGGACGCCAAGUGUAGCCUCGUUCACAGGUGGCACGCUAUCGCACAACUCACACGGCAACCUGGGCGGACCGCAGCACUUGGCCACGUUCCAGGAUUCCCGUAAAACCCAAACCCUCGACCCAAAGA